AUGCCUCAGACAGACAAGCAAGUAUGCAUCCCACCGGAGCUGCCAGAACUGCUAAAGCAGUUCACCAAAGCUGCCAUUCGGACCCAGCCUCCGGAUCUCAUCCAGUGGGCAGCCGAGUAUUUUGGGGCCAUGUCCCGUGGGGAGAUUCCUCCAGUGAGAGAGAGGUCUGAGCAAGUCACUUUGUCCAACUGGGCUGAGCUGACACCUGAGCUGUUGAAAGUCCUGCAUUCUCGGGUUGCUGGCAGGCUGAUCAUCCAUGCAGAUGAGCUGGCCCAGAUGUGGAAGGUGCUGAAUCUCCCAACAGAUCUGUUUAACAGUGUGAUGAAUGUGGGUCGCUUCACAGAGGAGAUCGAGUGGCUGAAGUUUUUAGCCCUUGCUUGUAGCUCUCUUGGGGUUACCAUUGCCAAAACUCUCAAGAUAGUGUGUGAAGUGUUAUCCGGUGACCACGAUGGAGGGCCACCCCGGAUCCCCUUCAGCACCUUCCAGUUUCUCUACACGUAUAUCGCUGAAGUGGAUGGGGAGAUCUCCUCAUCCCAUGUCAGCAGGAUGCUCAACUACAUUGAACAGGAAGUAAUUGGUCCUGAUGGCUUAAUCAAGGUGAAUGACUUUACUCAAAACCCUAGGGUUCGCCUGGAAUAA